CCCCAUAAUAUUAAUUUUGAUAAACACUAGGUUAAAUAUGGAUACAACUGGAACCAAAGGAGGAUAUACAGGUGAAAAGGCUGAGCCAAGAGAAGAACAGACUGUUGGACCAAGAAUAGUCAAUGUUUCCGCCAGCAGAAACUUCUCCUUCUUCGUUUAUCAAGCUAAGAAGUUCUUCAAAGUCGCCGAAGAAAACCCUGUAGUUGAGAUGCAUGCCAUUGGAAGCGCCAUAUCUAUUGCUGUGCAAGCUGCUGAUUCAUUGGUGAAGCACAACUAUGCCAAAUACACCGAGAUCAGAACCGACCAAGUGGAAGUUGAGAGAGAGAACGAAGUCAAAUUGAACAAAGCCAAGCUGUUCAUCACUUUAGAGAGAGCUGAAGGCUUCGAAGCUGCUUAUGAAGAAUUUGAGAAAAAGAGAGAGGAACACCAAGCACACAGAGACCAAGAGUUCCAUGAAUAAUCAGCAUGAUCCACUUGAGUUUCUCUAAAACUUCAAAAU